AUGACAUCAGAGCAGUCACUAAAAUCUUUUCUAGAAGCUCUCAAUGGCCAGGCGCCAGAACAACGGAAACACACUCUGUUGCUUGUCCGCCCCUCAAAUGAGGAGUACAUUCAGACCCUGAAAUCCUUAUACGACUAUCUGCAGUAUAAACCAACUGGCAAUUUAGAAGAGUGUGAACUGGAGCAAGGCGUCUUGAAUUACACGUACAUCAAACCAGACGUUGAAGAAGAACCCGUCGAAGGAUACGUCGAAGUCUACACAAUCUAUGACCCUUCUUUAAAGAGCUUCUCACUCACCAGAAAACUCAUAUCCAUUUUAGAGAAAGAUGCCAGUGCAAUUGAUGUGAUAGUGUACAUUGACGCCUUGAAAACUGAGUUAACUCCCAUAAUCAACUCCUCGAUUGAAGAUGACUCAAUCAUGGAUGAAGAAAUCAAAAAAAAUCAAAUCAUCCCUCAUCUACAUCUUUUACUUGAUCCCUUCUUCAACCUGAAAAACACCAAGCACCAGUGGAAAUCUUGCAACAUUUUGGCUUCUAAUACUUCGAACUGGAUUUACAAGGCGGCAACAAUUUCAGUAGUAGAUUUUGUGCAGCAAAUGCUACGCUCUUUGCUGCAACAAUACUACACUGAUCAGGCAAGAUCAAGAAGAGGAAUCCUAGUUUAUUUUCCAUUUAAAGUAGCAGAUAGCAACGAUAAGUCCAAAAUUGUUUGGCAUCACUUACUACUGCAGGAAAAGGCUCCAGAAUCAGUACAACCCUUUAUGAGUAACUCUCCUGUAUCCGAAACUAUCAAAUACAACGAUGUUUUUAUCGAUUCGAAAAAUGAUAACUUCCGAAAUAUAACUCUACUGGAUGACACCUUUGAAUGGACAAAAUGUAUGGAUUGGUGGAGCCGUCGGGCAGAUGAUACGAUCCUGUGA